ACGAAAUGGCGAAGCUCGUUUCUUCAAUCGUUCUCAUCGUCUUGUACGUUUCCUCGCAAACUCUCGCCGAAGACGUCGGCAUCAAAAGCAGAAACCUUCGAUGGUGGACGCUUCUCCUGGGGAGAAAAGCAAGAAAUAUUGCAGGGAUGCUCAUGUCUUAAAGUCAGGACGUUUUCGGAGAGUCGUCGGAGGCGAAUUUGCAGAACAAAAAGAAUUUCCUCAUAUGGUGGCUGUAAGAUAUGAUGAGUCGGAAGGAAUGACGUUUGUAUGCGGCGGCAGCUUAAUUACCAAUAAAUACGUUCUAACUUCUGCAAGUUGUGUGACUGAUUUUAUUCCCACAUACGUCAAGUUGGGUGAUGUCGAUCUACACGAAGGCAUCGAGUUAAAGAUCAGACGAACAAUCAAACAUCCUGAGUACAAUAGGGCAAGCAACAACAUCGGUCUCAUCGAGCUGGAAUCAAGUGUCGAGUUCAACGAGAACGUGAGUCCGGCUUGCUUGAAUGUUGAGAGGGACAUCGAUGAUGGAAGUUUCAUCGCGGCCGGAUGGGGUAAAACGGAAACCGGUAAGACUAGCAAACUGAAGAAGAUUACGUUGGAGGAAUACGAUGGUAAAGAUUGCGCGAAGAGGCUGCGUCUUCCAGUUAAUUCGGAUAAGGAGAUAUGCGCGUACGGAGAUAAGAAAGACACUUGCGCGGGCGAUAGCGGCGGACCUCUGCAGAGACUCAACCCGGAUUAUGUCUCCACUUACGAUAUCUUUGGAAUCACCUCAUACGGGCCAAGUCCAUGCGGUGCCCAAAGCAUUCCCUCAGUCUACACGAGAGUCUCUUCUUACAUCGGAUGGAUCGAAUCCAUUGUUUUCGCUUAA